AUGGCCGCCGCCGGCAGGACCUGCCUGUCCGACCUUCGGUGCAUCCUCUUCUUCGCGUCCGCCAGGGAGGGCGCGGCCACCGCCGUGCUCUCACGGCGGUGGCGCCCGCUGUGGCGCACGUCGGGCGCCGUCAACCUCGACUCCCGCUCCUACGACCACCUCAGCAGCUCCUCCCAGGAGACCCACCAGGGCAACGUCUGGGGCGGCAGCAGCACCAGGCACUGGGACUGGGAGAAGCGCGAGGGCUUCUUCCGCGGCGCCAAGGCGGCGCUCGCCGCCGCCGCCGCCGAGGAUACAACUGACUCAUUCACGGUGACAGAGAAGUGCCAGAUACAACUGACUCACUGCAAGGACUAUUCGGAUCACGACCUGCUCGACGCCAUAGUCUCCAACCCGGCGGCGCGGCGCGUCGAGGAGCUCCACGUCAACAUUGACGGCCUCAACAUCCGGGGCCCGCCGCUCAGGUUUGGGUCCCUGCCGCGCGAGUUGCUCCGGGUGUUCGACAUCGCCCGCUGCUCUCCCCUGACGGCACCACCGCCCGGCGCCGUUGCCUUUUUCCCGCGGCUGGCCUACCUUCACCUGCACGGCCGCAGCGUCUCCCUCCUCGACCUCCAGCGCAUCGUCGACGCCGCUCGAAAGCUCGCCACAUUGCAUCUCGAAUCAUUGUACUUACUCCGUGAAGAAACCAUGGAUGAGCUGCCGCCGACCGAGGUCGGAAUAAAAUUCUUCCAGACCCGCUGCCGGGCGGUGACUGCCCUUGUAUUUGCAGACUGCAGGUACGAAACCAGAUGCGACGAGGGCGUGGGCGUGGGCGUAGAGCUCGACGCUCCGAUGCUGCAUUACUUCAAAUAUAAGGGAUUUGUUCCCCUUCUCCAUCUCUUCUCGCUAAAACCGCAGGCAUCAUCUGGCAUGGUUCGAGUGGAUUUGCACGCGUACAUUGAAAGGCAUGCUUACGACCCAAUUCAGCAACAACCUUUCUGGCAGUUUAUUCAGAAUUUGAGCACCACAAAGUCCAUGAAGCUGAAACUAGACUUCUCAAUGGAUCAAGUUGCGCUCACGGACCAGAAUGUGCAGGAUGAGAUUCUCGGUGGCAAGUUGUUUGACAAAGUGGAGCGACUUGAGCUAGAAGCUCAGUAUGAUCCUGCAAAGGAGAGAUCAAUAGUGACGCUGGCAAACUUGCUUCAUAGCUGCCCUAUGGUUCAUGACCUCCGUCUCAAGUUGAGCAGGGUCUUAGGAUCAAGGUUACAUUUUUUUAAAAGCAAGGAAUGUCAAGCGGAUUUUGACAAGUCUGUCAGUAACUUCAGGCGGCGGCAUCGCAAAAGACAAAUGGUUUUGCCGGGUGGAGAUGAUUAUCACGAUGGCUAUGAUGAGGGUUUUGGUAUCCCUGAGUUGAGAGAGCAUUCAUUCAGUUGCUUGAAGAAUUGCCUGACAAGAGUGAGCUUGCACUUUUGUAUGAUGGAGCCAAAUUGUUUGGGAGUUCAACUGGCCAAGUUCUUCAUUGAGAAUGCAAUGGUUCUUGAAGAAAUGUGUUUGGAUGAUGGUAGCCAGAAAAUGUGUGAGCACGUGAAUCCUAGCAUCAGCAGAUGGAUUGCCAAUUCAGCCAAAAGGAGGAAACUUACAAGCAGCUUUGCAGUCCUACUGCUCCACUGAAACGCCAAACAAGAUGCAUCAGAUCAAUACCUGCCGGAGUGGAUUUUUUAACAUCUAUUCUAGUGCAUUUUUAAAGAUUUUCUUUCUUUGAUAUUGUACUAUCGGCGCAUGACGGUAUAUUUCCUUCAUCUUUUGAUUCAACUUCAUGUAGUGAAGCCACAUUCUUCCUAUCUUUUUGUUAUUGUUAUAUAUAAGUGAGAUAAA